AGAUAUACAAAGCAGAUGUGUGCCAGGCAGAAGCUCCCAAGGUUAAAGUAGGGUGUAAAUAAAAGGAAGCAUAGCUUACACAAACAAGCAAACAUGGAGGAAGAAGAAAAAAAAACCAAGUCUGAUAAGAACGCAACAGGUGCCGAACCAGAAAAGUGGACACGAGAGAGUUUACAGCGCCUCUUAGCUGACGCAAUCACACAUCAACUUCCGCUGGAUGAUAUCAAAGUGAUCCUGAAUGGCGGUGCAGAUAUUAACGGAAUGGUCACAAAAGGUUUAAGACCACUUCACUAUGCUACAUUCGUAAAUUCAAAAGAAUGUGUUCAGUUUUUGAUUAACAAUGGUGCAUCGGUCAAUCUGACUGAUGACGUUGGUUAUACGCCCUUACAUAUAUGUUCCAGAAAGGGCUAUUCAGAAGUUAUGAAGAUUUUAAUAGAAAAUGGCGCUACAAUUAACUUCUGCUCGGCUGAGGAUGGAGAGGUUCGUGAAUCUAGUCGUUCCUUGGGUUACCUAACAUUGGAACCUCUUAACAUUGCGAUAGAUCAGAAUCACACAGACUGUGUCCGUCUUCUACUUCAGAGUGGGGCCCGUCCCGACAACAAGUAUUUUAUGGGAUAUGAAAUAAAUUUAGUGCCUUUAGAUCAUCUGCAAUGCUUGAAAUUGAUUAUAGAUUUUGGUGCAGAUCCAAAUACUUGUAAUAGGUGUGGAAUAACUCCUCUAAUGAGGGCAUGUAGAGAAAAUAACGCACGUGCAGUAAACUUUCUCUUAGCACACGGAGCGGAAGUUGACGUCGAAUGCCCACCUCGAUUUGAACAAAGGAGAGCCAUUCAUUUUGCAAUUCAGGUUGGGAACUUAGAAAUUACAGAGAUCUUGCUACAAAAUGGGGCCUCUAGGACUCGAUCUGAGAAUUACAGAUACAGUCCUUUACAUGAAGCAAUACUGAGAGAUCAAGUUAAUUUGUGCAAAUUGUUGAUAAACUACGGAAGUAACGUUAAUGAGAGAACAGAAAGUGACGCCACACCUGUAAUGUUAGUCUGUGGUACAGAGGGACUUCACCACAGAAAACAAAUUCUUGAAAUCCUUCUCAACAAUGGAGGGGGGGUAAAUGCGUUUUCAGACCAUGUCAGUUAUUCUCACCCAUGCUUAUCGCCCCUCACAGAGUACCUUAAGCUUGAAGAUGAAGAGGCAGACUUUGAAAUUGUUUCACUCCUCGUCCAACAUGGAGCUAGGGUCAGUUUUCGUGGAACCCGUGGAGUUAAUUACGUGAGGGAUCCAUAUGGAAUACUCUCUUCAAUGCAGAAGUUUGUUUCAAAAGACAAUGUGUUUAACUUACUAGUGGAGGCUUCAUUUAAUUUUGAUGUGGACAGUAUAAAACAGACGGAUUUGAUAGCACCUGACGUUAAGCAAUACUUAACUAUGCUAGGAAAUCGCCCAAGACAGCUAAAACAAAUUAUACGACUAUCUCUCCAGAAGUUUUUAUCUCCUCAAUUUCCUAGCACUGUUAAAAAAUUGCCUGUACCACCCUUUUUGAAAUCAUAUCUUUUAUUUCAUUUAGAAUAAUAAUACUAAAAUGAAUUGCUUGCUAGUUCC